AUGGCGCACGUGAGCGCUCCGACCGCCCAGGCUGCUCAUGCCGGCCCCAGAAGCGCUGCACCACCACCGCAACCACCGCCGUCGCAGCAGCAGCAGCAGCCUCCGCAGAGUGAACGGUCAGAACAGAAGAGAAAUCUGGCGACAUGGUGGAACCAGUUUAAGAGGAGUGAUAAGAAGCCGCAGGAGCAACCAGCAGCACCGCAAGGCAUCUUCGGCGUGCCCUUGCAGGAUAGUAUCCGGUAUGCGAACGUCGCCAUCAGCCUGUUCAACGACGCGGGAGAGAGCUACAUCUACGGUUAUGUGCCGAUUGUGGUGGCGAAGUGUGGUGUGUUCUUGAAGGAGAAGGCCACGGACGUCGAAGGCAUCUUUCGACUGGCUGGGAGCGAGAAGCGCAUCAAGGAGCUCAAAGUCUCAUUCGACUCUCCAGACCGGUAUGGCAAGGGCCUGGACUGGACUGGGUAUACCGUCCAUGAUGCCGCCAACAUCCUCCGGAGAUACUUCAACCAGCUUCCCGAGCCGAUAAUACCGCUCGACUUCUACAACCGCUUCCGGGAGCCUCUGCGAAAUCACCAAGCGCAAGCUGUGGGAGAACUGGAGGCGCAAAGUCCGAGCGUGGGCCACUUCGACCACAAUGCUGCCAUCAGACGGUUUCAAGGUCUCAUCACCGAGCUACCGCCACUCAACCGGCAGCUUCUGCUCUACAUCCUGGAUUUGCUGGCGGUCUUUGCGAGCAAGUCGGACCUCAACAAAAUGACGACUGCAAACUUGUCAGCAAUCUUCCAGCCAGGCAUACUGAGCCAUCCUCAACACGACAUGGCACCGCCAGAGUAUCGGCUGAGUCAGGACGUGCUCAUCUUCCUGAUCGAGAACCAGGACAGCUUCCUCAUAGGAAUGCAGGGUACAGCUGCGGAUCCUGAGACGGUCAGAGAAGUGCAAAGCGGCAGCCCAGCGAAGCCUCCCGGAACUCCCACCACUCCCGGCAGGUCCAAGACUAUCGUCGGGCGGACAGCGUCAAAUGCAAGUGCUGGAGCCGAGAGCGUGGGCAAGUUUGGUAGCAUCAGGCGGAAUGUCUCACUAUCCAGCAGCAAGCGAAGCAAACGCUCGGACGGCGGACCCACGAUUGUGGCUGGUCUCAUCACAGACCCUGCGACGCCUAGCAGUGGCGUACAUCGAAGUAACACUGUGCCGUCACGAAGAGGCGGGAGCAAUACUGCUUCUCCUCGCUUCCCGCAGAAGAACUCGGAUCCUGCGACGCCCAGUCCCAGCAAUACUUCCGCGGUCAAUGUCGAGGCCAGCAAACAGCGACAAGAGUCACUGCAGAGCACACCUGUUGUUGGUAUUGCGCCGCAGUUCCCAGCAGCACCUCAUGUCACAUCUGCCUCGUCAAGCGAGGCCACCACACCUUUGGCACGCAUAGGGAGCGACACUUCAUCUGCUGUGGGUCGCGACUAUCAGACACCCAAGAAAGAUACUACGCCGCUUCUUUCACCUCCUCCAGGUGGUGAGCGCAAGACAGAGCGUUCACUGUCUGGCACACCUUCAACAACCUCAGGUCGAGCACUUCUGGAUAUCUUCAAGCAGUCGCCAGGUAGCGAUGAUGGCAGGAAGCCGAACAAGCUGCAAAAGAAACGCAUCCCAGGUUCGGCUUUGUCAAGCGCACAGUCAUCGAACCAGUCUUUGCCACACGAUGGAGCAAGCGAUGCUCCUCAGAGGUCACCAGUCAUUUCGAACUUCCCACCGGCGGCUUUCGUCAUGGCUGAAGGAAGAAGUGAGGAUGCAUCGGCGCAGGUCACGCCAACUGGUACUUCGCUUCAACCACAACAGGAGACACCACGAAAAAUUUCUGGGGAGAACGCCCUGCGACCUUCCGUCUCGCCAGCUCAUUCUUUCCACUCAACAGCAGAGUCAGACGCGGACAUGGUCGGCGACGACCUGCCGCAGGAACAAGUUCAGCAGCCAGAGAAGGAGAAGAAGAGGCAUCGAUGGAGGUUCUCAAGGACGCAGAACAAGCUGGAUUCAACACCUCAAGGCUCGCCGAAUCCACUCGGCACAAUGACCGCUCAAGAUCAAACGACCUCGCGGUCUACCAUCGGCAGCAGCGGCGCAGCACCAAGGGGAAGCUUCCAAGAUCCGACUCCUGUCAGAACGACACCUUCCGACCCAUCCUCGGGCACACCGUUUGGCAGCCCGCCAAUGCAGCCGCAGUCGGACACGGGGGUCUUCUCCGACUCGGAGCGUGAGAAGAGGAGCGGGCCGAUUUCCUGGUUCCGCAAGCAUCUAAAGGACGGCGGGAAGGAGAAGGAAUAUGAGAAACGUGCGCGCACCCCGGAAAGGAGGACGGGUAGCAAGCAAGAUCUGGGUGUGAUGAACGAGCCGCUGCCUGGGCGGGGCAAGUCGCUUGAGCAGCAGAGGGUUGGUUCGGGAACGGGAGCGGGGUUUGCGGCAGGAGCUCAGCAACAGCAGCAGCAGCAGCAACCGCAGAUGCAGACGAGUGCUGGUGGGAGUCCGCAUGCUGUUACUGCCGCGCAGGCUGCGCUUGGACAUGCCGGUGGAUCGACAACAAGGAGUGUGAGGAGUCCGAGUUAUGGGGCUACUUCGGCGGCUAGUGCUGCUGCUGCUUCGCCUGCGGUGGCGCAACCCGCGCCUACGAGCGCACCUGCGAUGACACCGCAGCCGACGACGAAUACGACGGCGCCGCAAUCAAGUGAUGCUGCCGCCCCAGCGCCAACAGGAGUGCCAACGGCAACGGUGGGGGAGAACAUGACUACUUCCGAAAAUCCGAGCGUCCCGGAGAGAGCAGCAGAGGCAGCACCACCACCAGCCGUGCCCAUGGCCUCUACAACCGGACAACACGAAGAAGUCGCCCAGACGGGGCAGGAGAGCAGCAAGAAUGAAGAAGGAGGAGGGCAGUCGGAGCUUCCGCUACGGUAA